AUGACACGCAUCGCCUUCUCCGUCUCCUCAAUAUUCAUCCUCUUCGCACUUGUGGCGAGCACCGUCCUGGCCUACCCGGUCCAAUUUGAAAGCCACAGACAUACACACAUCGGGCCCACCAGCGAUUUUGAUCUCGUCGUCGAGGGCGUCGCCAAUGCUCCCCCAGAUUAUGAGUAUGGUCUUGACAAACGGGGUGUGUAUAGUGUCGAUGUCAUGGAGGAGAGGGAUUUCGACGACUUGGAGGAACGAGACUGGCCUGUAGAACUGGACGAGCGGGGCGCCACACCCCCUCCGCCAAGCAAACCGCAUACCACGCCGCCCGUUAAGCCCACGCCGCCAGCAACGCCCACGGGGUUUAACCCCCCGGACCAACCCCCCAGAGUCCCGAAUGUCUGGACAGAGCAAGAAUUUCAGAAGAUGAAAGAUUCGCUGAAGGAUGUCAAGAGUAGUGUUGCCACGGCUCGGCUCAGCUCGGCUCCGGCCCAGCUAGGGCAGCUCAUCCGGGCCAAUCUCCCAUUAGCUGAGCUGAAGCCGUGGGGAACGGCUGGCUUAAGGCGGCUUCGGCUUGGCUAA